AGGGUGUGGGACGGCAGGUGACGGUGACGGAGAGGAGCGUCCAGCACUGAAACCCCACCCCGGGCGGGCGCUGGAGCUCGGCCCCGCCAGCCCUUAUAACCGCAGGUGCACCCAGGUGUAAGCUGAUCCCAAGGGCUGCGAGCGGCGAAGGGUGACGGACACGGUUUCGGUCCCUGGGUCCUUCUCCGCCAUCGCCCGGAGAGCGGCAAGUCAAGCGGCAGCAGCGGCCACCAUGUCGAUGGGUUUGGAGAUCGGCGGGGUGUCCUUGUCAGUGCUGGGUUGGUUGUGCAGCAUCAUCUGCUGCGCCUUGCCCAUGUGGCGGGUGACGGCCUUCAUCGGCAACAACAUCGUGACGGCCCAGAUCAUCUGGGAAGGGCUGUGGAUGAACUGCGUGGUGCAGAGCACGGGGCAGAUGCAGUGCAAGGUCUACGACUCCAUGCUGGCCCUGCCGCAGGACCUGCAAGCCGCCCGCGCCCUGCUGGUGGUGGCCAUCGUCUUAGCCGUCCUGGGUUUAAUGGUGGCCAUCGUGGGCGCCCAGUGCACCCGCUGCGUGGAGGACGAGAGCACCAAAGCCAAGAUCACCAUCGUCUCCGGCGUCAUCUUCCUCCUCUCCGGUGUCAUGACCCUCAUCCCCGUCUCCUGGUCGGCCAACACCAUCAUCCGGGAUUUCUACAACCCGCUGGUGCUGGACGCGCAGAAGCGGGAGCUGGGCACCUCGCUCUACGUGGGCUGGGCGGCCUCCGCGCUCCUGCUGCUGGGGGGGGCCCUGCUCUGCUGCUCCUGCCCCCCCAAAGACGACAGGUACCCCACUGGCAAGGUGGCCUACUCCGCCCCACGCUCCGCCGUCACCAGCUACGACAAGAGGAACUAUGUCUGAGCCCCCCCGGCACCCCCCCGACAUCCCAUAUACACCCCCCCCCCGACCCCACCCCGAAACCCUCAUCGCCCUCCGCGGGGAACCGGGGACGGCGCGGUGGGGGGGAACGCGAAGGAGGGGACGGGGACGAGGACGGCGGCGGGGUCAGGGCCGGGCUAUGUAAAUAGAGACGGUUUCGGUUAAACAAGAGGCGGUUUCGGGUCGGCGGGAGACGCGGGGCCCGCGGUGCCCCUGCCCGCGCCGGUGGGACGGGACGGGGACAGGGAUGGGGACGGUGCCUCCCCCCCGCCCGGGUGUGUGUGUGUGUGUCCCCCUCCCCCAUCGCGACCGGCCGGGCACCGUCUGUCCCUGUUACGCGUGGUCUGUACCGGUUACAUUUGUCAAUAAACACGUCCUGUUUUGGUAAAACGAGUGUU